AUGGAGCCCACUAGCUCCACGAGCACGGCGACUGUCGUCUCGGUAUCUCCCAAACACAUUCUCCUCUCGGAGAUCCUCUCGGUCACUUCUGUGAUGCGCAAGAACUCCCGAUGGGCCCUCUCGACGCCGUCGUACACUCUACGCGAUUCUACACUGGCUAGCAGUCUAGGAUUGAGAGUAUCCAAGAGCUCUCCCAAUACGCACGCGUCGGGACAUGGAAGUACGGAGCAAGAGCUAAUGGCAGGCUUCCAGGAUCUCAAACGGCUUGUGAAGGACAUCGAAGACAUACACUCGUUACCUCUCAGCACGCUCCUUUCCCCGUUCCUCGCCAUCAUCCGCUCACCACUGUCUACUGGACCUAUUACAUCCGCGGCACUGACUGCCCUCCAUAACUUCUUCCUGUGCGGCCUGUUUUACCCUACAGCAUUUUCGCUUCCAAGCGCUCUUUCUGAGCUUAGCAGUGCCCUAUCAAGUUGCAAAUUCGAGGCGAGCGACUCCUCUGGAGACGAGGUCGUGCUGCUCAAGAUCAUGACCGUAAUUAACGACGCGAUGUGCGGGGAUGCAGGGCGGACGCUGGGAGAUAUCGAGAUCUGCGAGAUGCUGGAGACCGUCCUAACUACUUCAUGUCAGAUGCGACUGAGCGAGGUCCUCCGAAGGUCAGCGGAAGAGACUCUGCAUCAGCUCGUAAGGGCCGUGUUUGCUCGACUGCAUGAGUUGAACCCAGAAGCAGAGGAGCAGAAGCUCGAUGACACAGGCGAUUUGGAGAGCGGGGAGGUGAAGAUGAGCGUGUCGACCUCGGGGCCGGCGCCGCAAGCACAGGAACCUGAUUCAUCUGCUGAACAAGACGCGCCAUCCCAGGAGAACGGCGAGGUGCAAGUAGCAGAGGUGUCUUCAUCACCGCAUGCACAGGAACAACCACCGGAAACCCCGAGCCAACCUCAUGGUCUUCCUUCAAUUCUCGAGCUCCUACGUGUCCUCAUCAAUAUUCUAGACCCUAACGACCAGGCCCAUACUGACUCGACCCGCUUGACCGCCUUGCGAACCCUGAACGUCGCGCUAGAGGCAACUGGCUCUCGUAUAUGCGCAUAUCCCUCCCUCUCCGCUCUCAUUCUGGACCAUGGCUGCAAAUACCUCUUCCAGCUUGCGCGUUCGGACCAUCCUGCUGUACUCCAGACUUCCCUACGCGCGAUUGCCACCAUGUUCGAGACUAUGCGACCAAAGCUCAAGCUGCAACAGGAACUCUUCCUUGCGUUCACCAUCGACAGGCUGACUCCUCUCCCUCCCCCAAAGAACCUGACAUUGAACCAGAAGGCUUUGUCGGCCAACUCAAGAGGUAGUAGUCCUGCUCCUGGAACCCCUCUACUCGCGCCUCCGGAAGACGAUUCGGAGAAAACCCCUGCUACGCCUCGUAUCCUGGUCCCUCCUGCUCGUGGAGACACCCGUGAGCUGUUACUGGAGACCCUCUGUCAGAUUUCCCGGCAUCCUAGCUUCAUGGUGGACCUGUACACCAACUACGACUGCGACAUGAACUGUGAGAACAUGUUUGAGCGGCUCAUCGAGUUCUGUGCCAAGGGCAUCUACCCAUCUCAGGGCCUCGGAGGGCCGGACAAUCAACAACAUAAUGCGCAGUAUCUUUGCUUGGAUCUCAUCCUCGCCUUUGUUGGGCGCAUGGCUACUCGGGCUGAAGGUGCAAGUGAGACUUGGCCCCGUAGCUUCCCUCCUCCUGAGCAGUUACAGCUCACGAAGUCGAAGAAGAAGCUCAUCUUGACGGGGACCGCAAAGUUCAAUACCAAGCCCAAGACUGGACUGGCGUUCCUGGAAGAGAACAAGCUCAUCUACGCUGAUCCUAAUGAACCCAAACCGCUGAGCCUGGCAAAGUUCCUGAAGAGCUCCGCUCGCAUUGACAAGCGUUUGCUCGGCGACUUCAUCUCAAAGCCAGACAACAUCGAGGUGCUCAAAGCUUUCUUGAGUCUCAUGGAUUUCAAAGGCAAAUCUGUCGCGGAAGCAUUGAGAGAGAUGCUCGAAACGUUCCGCUUACCUGGGGAGGCGCAGCAGAUCAGUCGUAUUACAGAGACGUUCGCUGAGAUCUACUUCGCUGCCGAACCUGAUGAGAUCAAAUCGCAGGAUGCUGUUUACGUCCUGGCAUUCUCGAUCAUCAUGUUGAACACCGAUCAACAUAGCCCACAGAUUAGGAAACGAAUGACCCUAGAGGAUUACAAACGCAAUCUCAAGGGUGUCAACGAGGGCGCUGACUUCACACCGGAGUUCUUGUCGAACAUCUAUGAAUCGAUCCGAAAGAGAGAGAUUGUCAUGCCGGAGGAACAUACCGGACAGCUUGGCUUUGAGUAUGCUUGGAAAGAGCUAUUGGCCCGCACGCGACAAGCUGGCGACUUCUUGACCUGCAACAGUGCCAUAUUCGACGCUGACAUGUUCAAGGCCGUAUGGAGGCUGGUAGUCUCUGCAAUUGCCUACGCCUUCAUCACCUUCGAGGACGACUACAUCAUCGAAAAGGCUAUUGCCGGCUUCCGCCAAUGUGCUACUCUGGCACGGCACUUUGAUAUGCCCGACGUCUUCGACUACGUUGUCAUCUCGCUUUCCCAGGCGACUUCGCUGUUGUCCGAGUCUCAGCCGUCACAGGUGCCCAACUAUCCGGUGGUGGAUGUUGACGGUCAAUCGACCACCGUAUCCUCUCUGUCCGUCAAGUUCGGAACCAACUUCAAGGGUCAGCUUGCAGCUGUUGUAUUGUUCAACAUCGUCAACGGCAAUGCAAACGCGCUGCGAGAAGGCUGGACGCAGAUUUUCGAAAUGUUCCAAACGCUCUUCUUGCAUUCGCUUCUGCCGCCUCGCAUGCUUCAGAUGGAGGACUUCCUUAGCGGAUCAUCCGUCAUUCCCCUUCGUCGCAGUCAACCGGCCAGAGCAGUACCGAGAUCGGACGGUCUCCUUUCCGCUUUGUCCUCAUAUCUGAUGACACCUUAUGCGUCCAGCACGGAUGCACUGGUUCCGGAUGCCACAGAUGCGGAUAUCGAGAACACGCUCUGCACGAUUGAUUGUAUCUCAACGUGCCGCCUGGACGAGCUAUACUCCCAGAUCAUGCAACUGGAGCCAGAAGCUCUAGUCGCGGCAAUUCGUGCUUUGGAGGCGCUUGCACACGAGCGAACAGUGGCGAAGCUGAAGCUCGAGUCGGACGAAGCGGCGGCGGCGGCUGCCGCGCAAGGGGGUCAGUUUGCGCUGCCGUAUGAUCCGGCCUCUGUCUUCCUGCUGGAAACCAUGGUCAGCAUCGCACGUCAAACACCACAGUACAUCGAAGAAGUCUGGCCUAUUGUCUUCGAGCAUCUCUCUGCUCUCCUUUCAACGCCCACACAGUACAGUAUCCUGCUCAUCGAGCGCGCAGUAGUCGCGCUUCUGAGGCUAUGCCUCAUCCUCGCUGAACGACAUACCCUGCGCGACCAAAUAUACCUGUCCUUUGAUCUUCUAGCGAGGUUACCACCUAGCGUCGCCAGCGCCGUUGCGGAGCAAGUCGUGGCGGGCUUGACUCACAUUCUUCAGCAGCACAGAGAGAUUGUGCACUCCCAAACGGAGUGGAAUGUCGUCUUCGCUCUCUUGCGCUCUACGAUUUCACAUCCGGAAGCGUCCAGACAGUCUUUCGACAUCUUGGCUGCUCUGGUGGGCGAUGGCCCUCAGGACUCUGUCACCCCAGACAACUUCACGGGUCUCGUCAACGCUCUGGACGAGUUUGCGACCGUGGCCGGAAUUGCCGUGGAUGCUCAACAGCAAGGACGGCGAACACAAGCGUUGACAGCAGCGAACUCUCCUAUUGUCGAGCGAGGGCGCAAGGCAGUAGACAUGAUCGCCGACCUCAAGAAGUGUUGGGCGCGUUUCGCUGAGACGUCAGGUCUGCAGAGGACACUCAUCUGGCGCCAGUUCAGCCUACCGGUCCUCUCGUCCCUGGCGCGCCAGUCCUCAAACACAUCGCGGGAAAUAAGGCACACGGCUCUGGUCCACCUCCAGCGCAUCCUACUCGGCCCGCACCUACCUCUAGACGAAGGCAACCACAAUCAGAUAGAGGAAGUCUUCAACCGCGUCAUCUUCCCCCUCCUGGACGAGCUUCUCAAACAGCAGGUGUUCAUGCGCGAUCCGAUGGGCAUGCCCGAAACACGACUCCGGGCGUCCGCGCUGCUCUGCAAGGCCUUCAUGCAGUUCGAAGCGCGCGAAGGCCAGACGGCCGACAUCCGAGUGCUCUGGAUACAGGUCCUCGACCUGCUCGAUCGGCUCAUGCACGUCGAUCGCCGGGAUCAGCUGUACGAAGCCGUGCCCGAGUCGCUGAAGAACGUGCUGCUCGUGAUGAACGCCACCGGCCUCCUCGUGCCACCAAGCACGCCCGAAGACGAUCGGGGCGAGCGCCAGGUUGCGCUGUGGGCCGCGACCCACGAGCGCGUCGAGCGGUUCCUGCCCGGGUUCUUGGACGAGAUCGUCCCCGCGCCGCCGCCAAAAUCUGCCGGGGUCCCUGCUUCCUCGGCAUCUGCUCCCAGUUCAUAA